AUGCCGGAUCUAUUCUGUAUCUCAUCUAUGGUUUUACAUUUGUAAAUAAAAAAUAUUUGUUACUGAUUGUUAUGGAUACAUAUAUUUUAUUUAAUUUAAGACCAUAAAGCAUGUAUUGACAUCAUUAUUGAGAAGAAGAAAAAAUAAUUAUUUAGAAAUGUCGUUGAGAAAGUUUAUGCACCCAAGGAAUAUAUAUAAGAGAAUACCAGACUUCAAAAAACUUGUUUUGCUAUAUCCAGAAUUCCGUGAUAUUGCAAUUAUUAAUUUAACCGGCAAGAUAAAGAUUGACUUUAAAAGAGAAGGUACUCUGCGAAUACUCACAGAGGUAUUAUUAAAACAUGAUUUUAAUCUGCAAGUAAAAAUACCUUCAAAUAAAUUAGUACCAACUUUGCCAUUACGCUUAAAUUACAUUUUAUGGAUUGAAGAUUUAAUGAAAUACGCUUCUUUCAAUGAAAUGAAGGAAGUAAUUGGCAUAGAUAUUGGUACUGGGGCAGUGUGUAUUUAUCCUCUAUUGUUUGCAAAAAUGUAUGGAAAUAAAAUGAUCGCUACAGAAGUUGACAAAACAAGUAUAGAGACAGCUAUUGAACAUGUUAAAAAUAAUAAUUUGGAAGACACAAUAAAAGUAUAUAAAGUGGAUGAAAGAACAAUAUUGAAAGAAAUUAUAAAAGAGGAUAAUGUGUAUCAUUUUACAAUGUGUAAUCCUCCCUUUUUUGAAAUAGAAGGAUCAUCAGAGAAAAUUAUAAAGCGAUUACCACCAAGAAAUGCUCCAACUGGAAACGAAGUUGAACUUACAGUUCAAGGUGGUGAAAGAGCAUUUAUAAUGCAAAUGAUUGAAGAAAGUAUGGAAAUUAAAGAAAAGGCAAAAAUUUACACCACUAUGUUUGGUAGAAGAAGUAAUUUACUAUUCUUAUUAAAAUUUCUCAAGAAAAAAGGCAUAGAAAACUCAACAUGGACAGAGUUUUGUCAAGGUCACACAAAAAGAUGGGGAUUAGCUUGGUCAUUUUUACCUAAAGAUGUUAUUAAUUUGACAAAUGCGCCUGUUAUUCGAAAAAGUGGAGAUUAUAUUGCAAAACUACUGAAAGAACAACGUCCAAUAGAGAUACAAUUCCCAAUGCGACAUAAAUUUGCUUCUUUUGACAACCUCGUUAAUUUUUUGGAAGAUGCAAUAGAAGAGUUACAUAUACAAAUCAAAGAAUUAACUUUGCCAAUUGGUAACUUUAAUGGUUGGUCGUGUCAACUAAUUGCGGACAAUGAUACAUGGUCGCAUGCACGUAGAAAACGUCGAUUAGCUCAAAGGUUAAUGAAUCAAUCUGUGAAUCAUGACACAGGACAAACAUCUGUAAUAAAUGAUAUUACAGAAAACGAUGCAGAAAAAUUAAUAAAGAAUAACUCGGCAGAUAUCGUGAGAAAGAACCAACCUUUGUUAAUAUGUAACUUUUUUGCUGAAAUGAUAGAACAUGAAGAACCUGAAAAUGAUGAAGUAAAAAUAUCUAUGAUCUUUGAAAAAGGAAUUGGUGGCAAGGUUGCUUUAGAAACGUUUCGACAGUAUUUAAUAAACAAAUUAGAUGUUAGAGAAUAUUUUCAGAAGCAGCAUGAAAGACCAAAUAAAAGGAAGAGAAAACGAUUAGAAACAAGUAAAAUCGAAAUAAAUUCGGAACAAAUCGAAAACUUGCACAAGAAUGAUACGGAAUCUGUUUAAGAUGUCAAUUUAUAUUCUAUACAAAAUGAUUUAUUUCAUACGCAAAUUUUAUGAAAUUAUAUAACAGGUAACAUAUGUAUGAAGUAUUUAACUUUAUUCAUAAUGAAUAAUCCUUAUUAACUAGCAUUCUUUAUCGUACAUUUUGGCUAACAAGUGCAGUAUAAUUCCAUAUUAAUUCAUAUUAUAAAGUAUACAAACUCGUUCAACAGAAACUAUUCGAAGCUUUUCAUUUAUUCGCCUUUUGCUAUUAUUAUCGACGUUACUAUUAUAAAAUAACGAACUCAAAACAAAAUUUUAUCAUUUAAAAUAAAUGUCAACAAAUUAUAGGUAUUAAGUUCUCAAAAUUUUUAUGGUAAUAUGAUAAAAUUUUAACAUAGCAUAUUUCUAACAUUCAUUUUAGCGAAUGCUAUUUGAUAAAGAUAUAUGCUCGGUAACAGAUAAUUCUCAGUGUUUAUAACUCUAGAACUAACUGCAGUAUUUCUAAUUGUAAUUAGGAAAUUGACGCUACUUCUAUAAUAUGUUGAUUAAUGAGUCGUUUUUUGAUAACUGUUAUUAAUGAUCGUGAAAUAUAACAGCACACUUGUCAUUA